AAUCCCUACAUUCAUUUGGUGUUACACAACAUACAAAUACAAUCUUUUUCGAUAAAUUUUAGUGGAAUUCAGUGAUUCAGCAUGUUGGCUAUAUUUCACAAGGCCUUUGCUAACCCCCCUGAGGAGCUGAACAGCCCUGCUUCUCACAAGACAGGCUCUGAACAACCGAGGCUCCCUGAGGAGACUCUCCAGGAGUUUCUGUCGGCUCAUCCUGAAAACACUUUCUCCAUGAGUUUUGCUCAGUCUGCUGUUCUGGCUUAUGUUAAACCUGAUCAGCCUUCCGGCCUCCGCCAUCAGAGGUUGUUCUGCGGGUUUGAUGAUAUAUAUUGUCUUUUUCUGGGAAGCUUGAACAACCUCUAUUCCCAAAUUAAGCAAUAUGGAUUGGCCAAGGGAGCCAAUGAGGCCAUGUUUGUGAUAGAAGCUUACAGGACGCUUCGUGACCGCGGUCCAUACCCGGCUGAUCAGGUUCUAAAGGACCUGGAAGGGAGUUUUGCCUUUGUUGUCUACGACAGCAAAGCCGGAAAAGUUUUUACUGCACUGGGAUCGGAUGGCGGGGUUAAGCUGUAUUGGGGAAUUGCUGCUGAUGGCUCAGUUGUGAUCUCUGAUGAUCUGGAGGUUAUAAAAGCAGGGUGUGCAAAAUCAUUUGCUCCAUUUCCGAAAGGGUGUAUGUUCCACAGCGAGGGAGGGCUGAUGAAUUUCGAGCACCCGAUGCACAAGAUGAGGGCAAUGCCGAGGGUUGACAGUGAAGGGGUGGUUUGCGGUUCCAACUUCAAGCUGGAUGUAUACUCUAGGGUUAACAGCAUUCCUCGCGUCGGAAGCCAGACCAACUGGACUGAAUGGAGUACUCAGUGCUGAUGGAUUCUUGCUUUCAGUUGGUUGUUUCACUUGUGCUUUCAUCUUUGGUACUUUUGUAAAGGAGUGAUCUGUACCACAGAUUUGCAAUAAUAUGGUAGUUUGAAUAA